GCAGUUCCUCUUUCCUUCCCAAGCACUGAGGAGGCCCCAGCUCCCAAGGGGCUAAGAAGCUGGAGCAUUGGUGAAAGGGGAGAAGCUGAGCCAGACCCUUGCAAGACCCCUCCAACCCCACCCCCAGGAAGCAUGAACAGGAAAGACAGCAAGAGGAAGUCCCACCAGGAAUGCCCAGGAAAGACAGGAGGGCGGGGCCGGCCCCGACAGGCCCGCCGCCACAAGACGUGCCCCAGCCCCAGGGAAAUCAGCAAGGUCAUGGCUUCCAUGGCUCUGGACAUGCUGAAAGAGGGCGGCUGCAGCGAAGAUGAGCUGCUGGAGAAAUGCAUUCAGUCCUUUGACUCGGCUGGCAGCCUGCGCCGUGGGGACCACAUUCUCAACAUGGUACUGGCCAUGCACAGCUGGGUGCUGCCUUCUGACCACCUUGCUGCCCGUCUGCUGACCUUAUAUCCUCCCAGGUAUCAGGAGGCCUCAGGGAACACGCAGGAGCUGAGGCGGCUGCAGAUCUGUCACCUGGUCAGGUACUGGCUGAACCAACACCCUGAGACAGUGCACCAGGAGCCCCAGUUAGAGGAGGUUAUAGGUCGUUUCUGGGCCACUGUGGAGCAGGAAGGCAACUCAGCCCAGAGGAGCCUGGGAGAUUCCUCCAACCUUCUGAGCCCUGGUGGCCCUGGCCCCCCACCCUCCAUAAGCAGCCCAGGCCUGGGCAAAAAGUGCAAAGUGUCCUUGCUUUUCGACCACCUGGAGGCAGGGGAGCUGGCUCAGCACCUCACUUACCUGGAGUUCCGGUCCUUUCAGGCUAUCAAGCCCCAGGACCUGCGAGACUACGUUUUACAGGGCUCUGUGCGAGGCUGCUCGGCCCUGGAGGGAUCCGUAGGUCUCAGCAACAGCGUGUCCCGCUGGGUGCAGGUCAUGGUGCUGAGCCGGCCCGGGCCCACACAGCGCGCACAGGUGCUGGACAAGUUCAUCCAUGUGGCACAGAGUCUCCACCAGCUGCAGAAUUUCAACACACUGAUGGCAGUCACUGGGGGCCUGUGUCACAGUGCCAUCUCCAGGCUCAAGGACUCCCAUGCCCACCUGAGUCCUGACAGCACCAAGGCCCUGCUGGAGCUGACUGAGCUGCUCGCUGCCCACAACAACUAUGCCUGUUAUCGCCGAGCCUGGGCUGGCUGUAUGGGCUUCCGGCUGCCUGUGCUGGGUGUGCACCUCAAGGACCUGGUGUCCCUGCAUGAGGCACAGCCAGACAGGUUACCUGAUGGCCGCCUGCACCUUCCCAAGCUCAACAGCCUCUACUUACGGCUGCAGGAACUGGCAGCCCUUCAGAAGCAGCAUCCCCCCUGCAGUGCCAAUGAGGACCUGCUGCAUCUGCUUACACUUUCCCUGGAUCUCUUCUACACGGAGGACGAGAUCUAUGAGCUUUCUUACACCCGGGAGCCUCGCUGUCCCAAGAGUCUGCCACCCUCCCCCUUCAAAGCACCCCUGGUGGUGGAGUGGGCCCCUGGUGUGAUGCCCAAGCCCGACAGGGCCACCCUGGGUCUGCAUGUGGAGCAGCUGGUAGAGUCCGUGUUCAAGAAUUAUGACCCUGAAGGCCGAGGAACCAUCUCUCUUGAGGACUUUGAGCGACUCUCAGGCAACUUCCCCUUUGCCUGCCAUGGGCUUCACCCACCCCCCCGCCAAGAGAGUGGCUCCUUCAGCCGAGAGGAGCUGACGGGAUACCUUCUCCGGGCCAGUGCCAUCUGCUCCAAGCUAGGCCUGGCCUUCUUGCACACCUUCCAUGAGGUCACCUUCCGCAAGCCCACCUUCUGUGACAGCUGCAGUGGUUUCCUCUGGGGUGUUACCAAGCAAGGCUACCGCUGUCGGGACUGUGGACUGUGUUGCCACAAACACUGCAGAGACCGAGUAAAGGAGGAGUGUAGGAAGCCAGGGCCCAAGGGCGACAUGAGCCCCUCAGGAGCCCCUGUCCCACCCACACCAACACCCCAUGCCAGCUGUGGCUCUGAGGACAGUCUUUCCUACACAUACGCCCUGGAACCUGAGACGGAGUGCCACCUUCACCAUGCUUGGACCCAGACAGAGCCCCCACACCCUUCCUGGGAACCAGACACGGUUCCCCUCCCAACGAUGGCCUCGCCACCCAUCCACUCCUCCAAGCCAAAUUCCUAGACAUCGGGAAGUUAUUUUCUUCUUUUGCAUCCGAGUAGCUAUUAACUGUACUCCCUCUUCCUGCACUUAGUUAACUGUGCAGCUCCAUGUUGGACAUUUAAUCUUACUAUUAUUUUACCAACUCCUCAAGUCUUCAUUUUACAGAUGAAGAAACUGAGGCUCAGUGAGGUUAAGCUGCUCACCCAAGGUGGCAGACUUCCUAAGUGUUGGAGGCAGGGCUCAAACCCAAGUCUUCUGUCUGCCUCUAAAUCAGAAGCUUCUGAUCAACGUGCUACACUGACAGUCAGCGUGGGUCAGGAGGGGGACGGGAGAGAAGGGCAGAGUCCCAAAUGCUGGGGUUCUAGAGACAGGAGAGAAGGCUAGAGAAGGGAUAGAAAGGGGAGCCAGUGAACGCUCGAGUCUGAUCAUGUGGCUCCAUUUCACUCAGGUUGAAAGCCACAGUCCUCCCUGUAGCCCACUCCACACAGUCUGCCCCUAUUACCUCCUACCACUUCCCCGCUCCCAUCCUGCUUCAGCUACACUGGCCUCAAUGGUCCCUGAGUAUGCCAAAAAUACUCCUACCUCAGGGCCUUUGCACUGGCUGUGCCCUCUGUUUAGAACACUUCCCCAGAGGUCCACAUGACUCCCUCUUUGGGACUUAGCUCAAGUGUCACCUCAGUGAGGCCACCCCUCAUCGUACUCAAAGUUUCAAUCUCCCCAUGGUCCCGGAUCCCACCUUCCUGCUUUAUUUUUCUCCAAAAUCCUUUCCUCAUCUGGCAACUAUACAUUUUACCUUUUUCUCUUGUUGAAUAUCUGCCCAUCCUUACUAGAAAUGUCAGCUCCAGCAAGACAGGGGCUGCACUUUUCACUGCUUUAUCCCAAGAGCCUAGAACAGAGCUGCGAACAGAGCUGCCACAUAUUGGGUACCUGAUAAAUGUUUGUUCAAUGCCUGCAUGCUCUUUCCCCAUGCCCACAGGAAGGGAAAAAUGUGUUGCUGAAGAA